AUGGCGGGCACCAACACGCUGGAAGCCACGGUGGACAUGCUCCGGGGCAGUGCCCCGGGCAGGUUGUGGCAGGAGAACAACGAGGACAUGGCCUCGCUGGUGCAGGAGGAUGAAGGCAUGUCUCCCUGCUUCAGCGAGGUGCCGUCGGACGCGGGGUCCAACUUGCUCAUGCGCACACUCUGCCCCGCCUCCCUGCCGUUUCGGGACCGACUGGCUCGUGCGUCGCCGGCCAAGGACGUGGAGAGCCCACUAGACUGGGGGGCGCUCGCUGCCGCCGAGACGACUGAGGCCCUGGCACGCGACGCGGAGGACGAGACGGCUGGCAAGGUUGAGAUUAACAGCGGCGGCCAGGUGUUCUUUGGCCUACUUUCCGCUGCGGACAGGGAGCAGGCGGUCGUGCUGAAAUUCUGCAACAACCGCUACGUCCUGCAGUCUGAGCAGAUGGCUGCUGAGCUUGCGCGGCAUUUGGGCAUCCCUGGGCCAGCGUCCCGGAUCCUCCUCAAGCCUCACGACACAGCAGAGUGGCAGCAGCUGCAAUCCCGGGCAGCAGAGGUUUGCCCACAACUGGCCGAGAUUCUGGAGAAGAAGAUGUCGAUGCUUCUGCUGCAAUUUGUUCCUGGGCAAAACCUGGAAAACGAAGUCGAUGCCUUCACUGGACCCAAUCUGGCCAAGUCCUGCCACGCCCUGGGUCGAUUGUUCAUUCUGGACUUGUUGCUGGGCAAUGCCGAUCGGCUGCCUCUGCACUCCCUGGGUUGGCGCGGCAAUCCUGGCAACGUUCUCUGGAGCUCAGCGCGCUGUGUUCCCAUCGACGCGGUUGUCGCGCGACGCCCUCCGAAGCUAUUGGUUCGAGAGAUGGAUCAGAAAGCCGCGUACCUCCUGGAGCUGGUACUACUGGAUCGGGCCAGCGCACAGCAGGUCCUGACAGAAUCUCUGAGCUGCAACGCCUCGGCGGCCGAGGCCGUCAAGGCCGACUGGGCCACCAACGAGAACGCGUGGAUCGAGCGCUAUGGUGGCAAGGAGAAGGCAGAGGCUGCCGGCGCCAUGAGUAGUGUCAAGGCCUUCAACGAGGGCGCGAAGGCGGCAUUGGCUGCUGCAGUUCAGGAGCAAGGCCUGUUGGAGAUGAUUACGGACGUGGUACACGCCUGGAUUGAGAAUUUCAAGGCCGACCUGAUCGACCUGCGCGCGAACUCGCCCAGCCGGCCGGAGCUAAAGUUGAGCAACACGGCAGAGCUCCGGGACUUGAGCCAGGAGGGCGCCAAGCCCGACGCCUUCAAAGAGAGGCUCGCCAGUUGGCAGGACCUUCUGCGAGAAAAGACCCAGAACCUCGCCAAGGCCGUGGACGAGUGGGCCGCGCGCCGCCAACUCCGCGCAUCCUUCUCCUUCCGCGGCUUCUUGGGUGCGAGCGUCCUGAAUCCGGUGCCGGACGCGUACGAGCUUCUGGUGCGGCUCAGGCAGCUCACAAGCCGCAUCAAAGUGCUGCACAUGGCGGGAUCUGUCUCGAGACCGGCAGACUUAGCACCAAAGGCCCCACUGUUUGUGGGUGGUGCCACGAGCCUCUGCUUGCAUUUGCUCCGCAAGAUGGGUGGGACGCACAUCUUGAACUGCACCGAAGAUCUCCCUGCCCCGAGUGAUGAGGAGCUUGCUGGCCUCAAGUGGCAGAGACUGGCCCUGCCGGAUCACGAGAACCAGGACCUGUCCGCGACCCUGAAAGCUGCCCUGAAGGUUAUCGCAGAGGCAGAAGAGGCUGGAGGAAAGGUCUUGGUCCACUGCCACGAAGGAAAGAGUCGGUCUGUUUCCGUUUGCUUGGCGUACCUCGUGUCCAGGCAAAUGCCGCUGGCCGACGCGCUCGCCUACGUGAAGUCCAAGCGCCCAAUUGCCCGCCCCAACGCCGGAUUCCUCAGGCAGCUGAUGGCUUUCGAGUUAGAAACCUUGGGGACCAACUCCAAGUUGCCCGAGGACCUGCUGAAAGGCAAGCCGGUGCUCAGCUCGCGCCCAGGCCGCGGCUCGUGA